AUGGCCAGCGGAAAAUCUAUUGAAAUUCUCGGAAUCGAUGAAGAAGAACUCCUGAAAACUUACCGACUCUCGUCUUUGAAGCCUAGCAAAUGGGAAGACAUAGAUCCCUCGACUACCUCUCAAGAUGUCCGUGGUCUCAGUACUCCCAAUUCGACCAAGUUCUCGAAAGGAGAAGACGAUCCACUCGGACUACUAAGAGGGCCGAUAUUGGCGGACGUGUCCGGGGACCUUCGUAGCACUGUUUCGACAACCUCCAAAACUUUUGAUCCCAAGGCUUUCUUAUCCACUGUCCAUCCCAACGCAAGUUUCAGUGACUUGAAGAAGGGGGGAGCCAGAUUGAGAGAAAGUUUGGAGCAGAGGAGUGAAGCCUUGAAAAUAUUGGUCGAAAGCGAAUUCGAUCGCUUUGUGGCCGUUAAAGUUGCCAAUGAAGGUGUAUACGAGCAAAUGAAAGCCGGUCCUUUGAGAUCAGAAUGUGACUAUGGAACCGCCGACCUCAAAGAGUCACUUCGGCUGGGUACGUCCAAGGCCGAUCAGGUCUAUACACCACUGCUUGAGAACCGCAAAAAAGCGGAACGACUGCGAAGUACGCUUGGUGUUUUCGAGCGCAGCAAGUUCUUUUUCAACCUACCUGGUACCCUCAUUGAGGCCAUUGAAGCCGAAAAGUACGACGCGGUCCUCUUGGCUUACAAGCGUGGCAAGAACAUGCUGGAUUCCCGACCAGGUCAAGUCUUGAAUUUACCAGCACCAAGUAAUCCCGAGCAGCUAGCACAACAAAAGAGAAUUUUCGACAAAGUCUGGUCGGAUGCCGAAAAAGUUGUUAAUGAUUUCAAGCUUAAGCUCCUCACAAAGUUGGCUUCAUCCACUACUGGCUCCAAGCCGCUUGAAGAAAUUGAAAAGACGAUCGAGAUAAUAUUGGAAUUAGAUCCGAUGUCCGAUCCUGCUUGGACUUUCUGCGAGAACCAAUACAAAUCGACCAUGGAAAAGCUAGUGGUCACCUUCAAGGAAGCCGCUAGGAAAACCCGAGUUAUCACUGCACAAGCAAACUCUAAAGAGUUGUCCGAAGAACAGUUGAUUGAGGAAUUGCGAGGCUGUUUGAUUGCGAUCGAACCAACGACAAUGAUAGUUUCUGAUGCUGUCGUCAAGCAUGCGGCAGGCUCCGAGGUCUGGUGUGCGAUUCUCGAAUUGAUCCGAGUCUCAUCGCAAUUACUUUCUAAGGAGCUUGCGGUAUAUUGGCAUGUUGUCAAUGGCUAUUUGAAUGGAAAAUACCAGCGAAGUGAUGGAAAGUCGCGCAAAGAUACGAGGUCCCGCAGAUUGUUAUCUUGCAAACAAAUGACCAACGAAAUCAUCCUUCGAUAUUGUAGCUUGUUGUCUGAAUUUUUCGUGCUCUCCUCGGAUCCCAACUCUGCAUCAAUCCGUUCUCCAAUCACACAACUAUCAGAAUUCGCACCGAAGUACGCGAACUCAGUCCAGGCCGCCUUUUAUCUCCGGAAGCUCUUCGACCAUCUAACCGAAUGGGUGCAUGAAUUUAUGCAUCUUGAGAUACCCAAGGAGAGCCUCAAUUGUCUCACAGAGUUUCUUGAGAGUGCGGGCUUCAAGUUUCUAUCAACUAUAUCUACCUAUUGGGUCAAAGACGCCAAGAUUUUCCAUCUCCUUGAAGAUUGGGUGCGUCCUGAGCGGAGUGAGGACGAGAGUCAGCCGGUCGGAACAACGAUGUACUUGAAGCGGAUGGACAAUUUUCAGCGAUACAUGAUGCUCAAUUCGUACUGCUUGUCGGGAGGCAAAGAGCAGGCAGGACUUCAGAUUAUGGGCAGCCCGGGUCGGACUGACCAAUCAGCAAGCAAAUCCAAAAUGAGUAGGAGCUCGAUCCCUGCCACUAAUUCAAGAAAGGCCCAGGCUGCUUUCCUUGAUGGUCUGUAUGGCUUUUUGGAUGGUUUGGUGCACAUUGCAUUCACUUCGACGAAACCUCGACCGGCGCCACCUGAGACUCUAUCCUCAUCGAUCGAGCUUGGUUUCACUUCUACCUCCAUGGAUAACGAGACGAUUGCCAAGGGAGAGAAAGGGAAUGAGUCUGAUGAAGAGGAAAUUGACAUCCGUUUGCUGUUAACAAUCAGCAAUCUGUCGAACUUCACGGCCGUCUACAUUCCUAGGCUAUUCCAUCAGUUUUCUGAAGCCUUUUCUUCGGACAUGACGAACGACCUAGAAACUUUGAUGGAUGUGGUUGGGCAAUUGGACACACUUUUACUAGGAGAUUACAUCAAAAGAAAGGCCGAGAUCCUAUCUGAGAUCAUUCAAACAGGUGUCCUUGGUGGCAAAGUGGAUUGGCUGACAGCCCCUAAGCCGACUGGCGUCAAUUCGUUUGUCUACGAUGCCCUGUUAACCCUAGUCUUGGUACAUUCUCAAGUGACAAGCCUUGUCGGACCAAUACCAUCUAGCCAAAGUGGUGGUGAAUCACUGGUGAAAGUCGUGCUGUCCAAAUUGGUUGAGGAACUUGCUCAGGAAUGCUUGAACGCGUUUGGCAGUGUCGAAAAGUUUGGAAUGGGUGGAAUGUUACAAGCGACACUAGAGAUUGAAUUUAUACAUCGAACGCUCUCGGCCUACAUCACACCGGAGGCAGACUUGAGUAUGCAAGGUAUCUACCAGAAGAUCACCAGUGCCUACCAACGUGCCCCGGCCCAAGGUGAAAGGGAUGGGGCUAAUAACGAGCUCCAGAAGGAGUUAGAGGCCUUGAAGCGGACACUACAUCUUAGCCGACGGACUACCGCUUUGGCAUUCGUUUGCUUCAAGAAACCAAAAGCCGCCUCAUCCGCUUCACCACAUGAGGAUAUCACGGAACCUGUGACCAAAUAA